UAUCUUCCCACAGCAAAAGCGAUUCAACUAUUCGCACCUAAGAAUAAAACUGAUGAUGGGGAAUGGAUUUGUCCACCGAGCACUUAUUCUGAACUUAAUGUGCACGCCACUACCUUGAGAAUAGUUAAAGUUAAGGACAUUAGUAAAUUUGGAACCAAUAAUGCUAAAAUGGUUCCUGCUAAAGUGGUUCUUGCAGAGAUUGAUAUUAAUAAUAUUGAUGAAUUAUUUGAAGAUGGUUAUUUUUACAUUAAGAACAUUAAGAAUGAGAAAGCUUCAGAUAUACCUCGAGUUCGUCUAGUUAAAGAAACAAAGGAUGACGCUACCACCGAUUGGCUUUUGAUAACCAUUGGUGAAGAUGUGUAUCUUGUAAAACAUAAAGAGAAUAUAGACGCAAGUGAAUCGUCACUUUUAAAAAUAAUAUGCAAUCACUAUCACCAAAACGAAGAUGAGUUCAAUUACCAAAACGAAAUUGACAAAAUCAAAAAAUUUGACAAAGAAACAAAAGUGUAUGUUGACAUUCUUCAAACAGGAUUUCUUAAUUACAUUGUUUACUCCCAUCGCUCUGAUAAAGAAAAAAUGUUCGAUCACGUUCCUAAUGGCAAUA